CCGCCAGGACACGCGACCACCCACAGCCGGACAGCGCGAAGUUCACAGUGCCCACAGUGCCGAGUAAAGAAGCAACAAACAUAAUUAGACCAUACCCGACAGCUGCCUCCCGCGCCCUCAUAAUUUGUGCAACUAAAACCAGAACCAAGACCAGUGCCCCACCAACCGUGAAGCAAACACAAAGCAAUGUGAGAUAACCAUAAACACAACCCAAAGGAAACGAGGCAAGCAAACAGAACAGAGCCAAACAAAAACAGUGCAAAGCAAGAGAAAAAACGAAUUUUAAACGUCUGCAUAUUAAUCAACGUGCUAACAACACGACGAACUGUCCUCGCCCCGACGACAGCCGGCACAGGAUCAACUCCUAGACAACUUAUCACAGAGGAUUAACGGACAGACAGAAAAAGAACACGGAGAGUGUACGGCAAGGCAGAGCUAAUCAACGGCCACAGACGUCGCUGAGGCCACUCCCACUUUUACUCCCACCAGGAACAGGAGGAGCAGCAGGAGCAGCAGCAGGAGCAGCAGCAGCAGCCGCCGCCUCAUUUGGCCACUGCGGAUUAUGUUAAUUAGAUUUUAUACACGCGACAACAACGGCAACAACGACGACAGGGGAGCACUUCCCACUGUAAUGUGACAACAGUUGGCCAUAACAACAACCAGAACAAAGCGCCAGAACAACAGGGACAAGGACAACAACAACGUCAGAGGAGCAGGAGCCAUGCUGUACGCUUUUUAAUUGACAUUUGCUCGAGUUGAGUUGCGUUUUGUUCAACAGCAAUUAGCUGGCGAAGGAAAACUUACCCGAAACAGCAAAAAUACAAAAAAACCAAAAAAAAAAGAAGACGGGAAAAAAGCCAGGAAAAGAGAGUGGGGGAAAAUAACAAAAGAGAGCAAUUAAAAUUGUAAAACAAUUGCAGAACGCUGAAUUGAAAGGCGAAGAGCAAUAACAAACGACCCGCGGCCAAAAUAGAAUGAUCAAAUUGAUUUAAUUAAAAAUUCAACAUUUCAUUUCGCCCGGCACAGCCCGGCAAUGAAAUUUUAACAAGAACCUUGAGCAAUGGCCGCCGGAACGGAAACGCAGCCAUUGCCAUUGGCAGUGCCCUCAGGCUCCGGUUCAGGCUCACGCUCAGGCUCAGGCUCAGACAGCGACUCCGGCACCUGCUGUUGACAGUUGUCACAUGCUCGGCCAAAGGCGCGCACGUGACGCCGCCCAACAACCCAGCAAGUGAAUGAAUGAAUGGCUGAAUAAGGAAAUGAAUGACCCAGCACCCGGGCACCCGGAUCCGAAACCAGAACCAGAGUCAGCCAUAUUCAAAAUUGAACGUUAAACGUUUGCACGUACAAAGCAUAAAUUCCAAGUGAAAUAAAGGCCAUUUGCCAUCAGGAAAAAGAGUCUACCGUAAUAGCGGAAAACGGACAGCAGCAGAAUGGUGAAAAUCGUGGCAUUCAAGCCACCCCUGGGCAUGGCCCUGCUUCUGGCCUGGUCACUCCUAACAAGGGUUGUGUGCGCCCAGAGUGAGGAGGGCCAUGCCACGGCCUCGGCUCGGGCUGCUGCCGACAGGAAGGAGCAGCAAUUGUCGCUCCAGCCCCUCGGCCUUAGCUACCAGAGCAUCCACCGCAUGCUGCGCGACGAGAACGAGCCGGCCAGCUUCAGGGGCGAGCAGCGUUACCAGCAGAAGCGUUUCAUCCAGACGAGGCAAAAGCGAGAGUUGAACGCGCCCGCUAACCGGCUGAACCUCACCAACCGCGGUCUGCGGCAGUACAACAGCAGCAGUGGCCAGUGGAAGGGAGACCUUCAGGUUAUCACGUCCAUGGAUCUGAGCAACAACCGCCUGAGCCGCCUCAGUAUCGAUCACUUCCAGCAGCUGCGGCAGCUGGAUGUGAGCAACAAUUCGCUGAGCGGAAUACCUUUGAGCCUGGCCGACACUAGUCCCACUCUACCGCUAGUGACGCUCGAUCUCUCCUGCAACCAGUUCAGCCGGCUGUCGUCCAACUUCUUUGUCCAGCGCCUGCCGCAGCUGCGGCACCUCAACCUGGCCCACAACCGGCUGGGGAACGUCUCGCGCGAGACGUUCUACAAUCUGCUGGAGUUGCAGACGCUCCUCCUCAGCCACAACAACAUCUCGGACAUUGACUACGAAACGUUCCUGGCUCUGCCCAACCUGCAGCACUUGGACCUGUCCCAGAACCGACUGAGUGGAUCGGCCAUUCGGGCCCUUCAGGGCAUACCCGACCUGGUUAGCCUCUCGAUCGCCCACAACCCACUGGUCGGGGCUGCCAUGCAGGAGUUUGUGGCUUCCUGGAGUCUCAAGGAGCUGGAUGCCAGUGGCACAGGCCUGUGCCAGGUGCCAGCCGCCCUCGCCCAGUCAGUGCGCACUCUGAAGCUCUCCGACAACUGGCUCAAGGCCAUCAACUGCGGCGACAUGGACAGCUACCCGUUGCUGCAGUACCUAGAUCUGUCCCAUUCUCGCAUUGCCCAUGUGGAGGACGAUGCCCUGGGCCGCUUGGAGCUGCUCGAGUUCCUGUUCCUCGAUCACAAUCUAUUGAUGCGAGUGCCUGGCAGUCUGCCCACCUCGCUGGAGCAUCUCUUUCUGCAGCACAACCAGAUAAUGGAGCUGCCGCCGCAGUCGUUUGCAGGCCUGACCAAUCUCCAGACACUGGAUGUGUCCGGCAAUCGCUUGAUUUUCCUGCCGGCUCUGGCGCUGCCCAAGCUGCUGACGCUCAACUUGCAGUCGUCCGGCGUGGAGAGUGUGAGUCAAUCGAUAGUGCACACACUGCCGCAGCUGCGAGACCUGCUGCUGGAGGAUAACCCCAUCAGGUGCAGUGAUCUGCUAGCAAUUGCCGAGUGGGCCAGUCCAUGCCGCGCGGUCGAUGUGGGUCAGCCGAGAGGGAAAAUCGAUUUGAAGCAGCAGUAUCUGCAGUUCCACGACUUUUAUGAGAACUUCAGCAGCCAGUGUGGCCGGAGGAUGGUGCUGCAAGGACCUGAAGGACCGCCCACUUGCAGCCUAACGGCAAUGGCAACGGCAGCGGCAACAACCACGCAGCGAACUAUGCCAAAAGUGAAAGAGUCAAAGGCACAAGACACAGCGGCAGGGACAGAGGCAACAACAAAGCAAUCAGCCGGUAACAACAUUGCUCAGUUAACCACAAAAACUUUGCGGCCAACAGAAACAACUUCGUUAGCGAAAAUUCAGCAGCAGCAGCAGCAGGAGCAGCAGGAGGAGCGGCGGCGACGGCAGCAACAAAUGCCUGGCAUGCCAACUGAAGCAACAACAUCGCAGAGCCUGCCAACUUUGGCUCAGACAAAGGCAACAACAGUGGUUCCCAUUUUGGCAAUGGAAACAGCCACAUCCACAACCAAACCCAUGGGACUUACAGUGCCAACGAACAUUAGCGAUUCUGCAAAAGCAGCAGCAACAACAACAGCGGCAACAGCAGCAGCAGAAACAGCUACAGCAGCAACAUCAACAACAGCAACACUAACAACAGCAAUUGAAGUGCCACAAACAAUUUUAGCUGCACAAAAAUCUGACAAAAUGCCAGCUCAAAAGCGAACAGUUGAUAAGGCAGAUGAGACUUUAUUAAAAGACUCGGCGACAGAUCCAGCCACGACAGCCAGGACAACAACAGAAAUGGCUACAAGCGACAUAUCCGGUCAAGCAGCAACCCUGGCGCCACACAAACAUCCAACGCUGCAGCUGCAUAUUAAGGAUCGCCAUCUAAUUGGCACACCCCUGCUCAUGCACAAGGGCGACGUCCUGCUGGUGGAUGCCGAGCAGUUGCUGCUACCCGGCACAGCCACGGUGGCGGAUGCGGAUGCGGAUGCAGCAUCGACGACAACUGGACGACAGCCAAAGGAGCAGGAAAACCGGCAGACGUCUUCUGAUAAGCGGCAACCGGAAACAAUAAAGGGCGACACAAAGUCGGCAACAAAGACCAAGAAGAAGCCAUCGCUGAGCAUCAAAAAGAUGACCUACAGCACCAAGCAUGCCGCCACGAAGAUGCCACCAGUGUCCACAGCAGUACCAACCACGCCACGGACACAGCACCAGCACAGCAGUGUGAAUACGCCCAAGGACGCAGCCAUGGAAGAGCUGAGUACGUUUGCCCAGCUGAAGGCCUACGUGGAGCUGAAGAGCGAGUCCAAGCCGGAGCACUUGAUGGACCAGCGGCUGGAGGGCCAGCAGACCCUGUCGAGCGGUCACCCCGGCGUGAUGCUGCUGCUGGGCUGCGUUUUGGUCGUUGUGCUGCUUGCGGGCCUGGCCCACGUCUACCGCUGUGAGGUGCCCUGGCAGCGACGCGGCCGUCCCGGACAGAUGCGGCCGCAUCAUCAGCGCCAGUUCAACGAGAGCGACGAUGGCCACAGUUUCCUGAACUAUCAGGGAUCUGCGGGCAGCUGCGCAGAUCCUGCACGCCUCCAGAAAUGGCACCACAGCACCCGACGCGAGGCACCCUACAGUUCGCCGCUGCACAAUCUCCAGGCCCGCGAGCUGCAGCGGGAGCAGAACCGGCUGCAGCGAUGCCAGCAAUUUUAUAGCGCUUCGCUGGCCAGCAGCGGCUCGUCGGGCAGCAGUCGCAGCAGCCUGCAGUCGCCCAGCCACGAGGAUAGCUACUCCAUCGAGAUGGCCCCCAGCAGCCCACCCGCUCUCCUGGGCAUUGACGGCGCUGUGCCCAGCCUGCCCAUGGAGCUGCUCAGCAGUAGCAAUUCCCGCCGUGCCGCAGCUGCAGACAGAAUGGCAGCCACCGACCUCGGUGGAGCAACAUUGCCGGUCAUUAAAUCAGUGAGCAGCAGGCUGAUGGCCCCCAGCUCACGGCGUCUGGGUAUCUGGUGACAAACCGUCUUUGGACAGCGGCAGUACGCGCCCUUCCAGUAGAGCAAGUCAAGCGAGUAGAGAGUAAGGUCCUCCCAGUCGGCACGCCACCCUCACCCUCACACCCCUUUCCCUUCCCCGGAAACUGUCAGCUGCCAACUGUGCAAAAUGAGUCAUAAAGUUGAGAGGCUCCCAGGCGCCAGCCAGAGCCCCGGUUCGGUUCAGUUCUCAGUUCCGGAAACGACAGAAUUUCUUUAGAACUUUCUUAUCCAAUAUUACAUAUAUUUACUGUCAGUGCGGCUAUCAAAAUUUGUAAGUGGUUAAGAGAGAGAGAAAAAUCCAGAUCAACAUUCUAAAGAUUCCCCGAAAUCGGAGCUGAGAACGUUAUUGCCAAUACUAUAUAAGUUACAUCGAGUUUGCCGCUCAGUUGAUUUAUGCUGCUUCGCCGCCCACACGUUGCAGGCCUCUUAGCGUUAGGUUAAGGCUAGCAGCAACAAUUUGUCAUAAAUUGCCGUUACGUAUACGCCGAGUGCGACCAAACAACAGUAGAGGGAGAGGCUGAGGCAGCAGCAGAGGCCUGGCCGCUAGACAGGCAGCCAAAUAGCCCACGCUAGCAAAGUUUUUAUGAGCCAUUCACGAGUGCCCAGCCGAAUCCCCUGCCAAUUUGAUGUCCAUCUUGUGGUCGUAUUUAGGUCAGUUUACUGGCGGCCAGCGCCGUGUGUGGGCCAGUUAACUUUAUAUAAGUGGCCUGUUCCAAGUUUUGCCAAGAUUAAGUGUUGUGAUAGUCAUGCAUAUAAAAAUGAAAUAUCGAUCAAGUAUUAAAUAACAGUUUAGUUUAUGACAGGCUCAAUUCCUCGACUGCCCGAAGCCAGAAAUCAAAAAGAUCUGGCAGCAGAUGCUGACCAAGGCGGAUAAAUGAGGGGAAAUUGCUUGGCACUGAAAUCUUCAAGUGAAAAAAGACGGACGGACGGACGGCCCACUUUCGGCAAUGCACCCCUUUCGUUGAGCCUCUUCUAACACAUUCAAGCGUCCAUUGAAGCCCUCCUGUCUCUGUCCUGUUCGAUGCUUGACUACAUCUUAACCUUGUUUCCCUUCGGCUUCAGAUUCCAGUGUUUAAAUUGCAAUCUAAUUAAAGUUUUGCCCCCCUUUCUGUCCUUUCGACAAUUUCUCAGGGAAUUCGAGUCUCCCCCAGAGCUGGACACACAGCAACCCCUCAAUUGCCAAAGUGUUGCCAUCCGGCAUUCUUCUUCACCCCAUUUGAAGAUGCCGCCCAGCAACCACCAAAACAAUCAGCCCUCACUUAACCUCAUUUUACAAAUUGACCAACACAACAUAUGGUGUAAAUCCAGCGCAAUGGCCAGACAUCUAAUCCGCCACGCCAAAAGUGAAAUGUUGUAAAACUAUUUGGAGAUACUAUAUAUACACUCGUACGUAGAUCCAUCCAACGGACAUAGAAAUAAUGUGCCAGCAAAUCAAAUUACCAGACACGCGGCCCGCUGCUUCAGCCAUAGAAACGACUUUGAGGGGAGGACAAAUGGGGAAAAGGAACAGGGACAGGGACAGGGGAAAGGCCGUAGACAUUCGUACAAACACAGAACACAACAAUUACAUUAAGACACGAUAAAAAGUUGUGCAACAAUCUUGCGUCCCACAAACACUCGACCCCCAACCACUGAACCGAACUGAACUGUACUGAGCUGAGCAGAGCUAAAGGAACUGAGGCAACUGUAGCAGGAACUGGAGAAAGAGGAAUAGAACCACAAUCAUUGCACAGCUUUUUCAACUUUUUGUGGCUUUGUAAUUGGAAUACGAAUACAAGAAGAAGGCGCGUGCACACGAGCGGCGACAGCAACAGGAAGUGGCCGAAAGUGGAGCAGAGAGAUAGAUAUGGGAUAAAGUAGAUAGACGUUACAACAAGGCGUUCGAGCGUACUCCUUGGGCAAUUCUGAAGGAUUUAUUUUUCGGCCACAAGCCGAAAUACCCCGCAAAACAAGCGCUCCGCUCCGAACAACAAUUAAAGUAAUGCUGACCAACAACCUACGGCCCGACUUGGGUGGGAUUAUAUGGCAGGAAGACGGACCGAAGGAUGGAUGGACGGACUGCAGGGUCGGUCCGAGUUGAGUCCGAUGGCAGGACGCACAAAAUCUUAAUUAAGGAACUUCCAAGUGGGCAAGUGUCAGGGGCAGCAGGAGGCAUUUUUUUUCGUAUUUUUUUUUUUAGGAGUUUAAGGAAACCUUUUUAUUUUCGACUUGCCAGCUCAGCACAAAAUUCGCCUACAAAAGAAACAGUAAGCCGGACAAGGACAGACAGUGGGUUCGGAAGUGGAAGGGAGGACCGCCUACAAUGGACAGACCCAAAGUCCGGUCUGGUCCGGUUUUGUUCGCUUCGGUCCUGGAGCAUUGUCAAAUUUAAUGAAGGUUUCCCCCACUCUUCUCCUUUGACACAGCGCAGCUGGCCAAGAUUUACGAAGUUUUCCAGCCACGAAGUGAGAGGACCAACUCAAAUGAGUUAAUUCGAUAUUUGACACUUUGGGAGAGAGCACAGCACAUUCCACACAAUCUCGGUAUGUGAAGGGACCCAGAUCUCAGAUCACACAUUUCGGAACCCACUCCCAAAGACCCCUCCAUGGAACAGUCGACUUUUGUCUUUGCUGUGCAGUUAAUAAAGUUGGUCUAGGGCCAGGGCCAGAGCGUAAUUAUUUGCCUGCUAAAUGGCUUUUGGACGACAUUUCGGGACCGUAAAUGGGGGCGAUUUAGAAAAUUAUGUGAAAAUAAGUUGCCUUUUGUUUGGCUAUUGGCCGCUGGCAGUUGGCAGUUUCCAGUUGGCGGUCGUUGGUCGUUGGUCGUUG